AUGGCAAACCGUGAUGUUAGCCUUAACAGCGAUCAGAACAACGAAUCUUCAAAACGGCCUGCUCGCGAAUCCAAGACUAAGCUCUUGCAGAACCCUACAUGGGGCUCAAAGAAGCCAAAAGGAAACUUCAAGUCAGCUGGGCAGAGCGCCGAAAAGUCCACCCGCCCUCAUUCCGCAGACUUGGAGGUCGUUGGCACUCCCAACAGGUCAAAGAAAAAGGGGAUUGGUUGUCGUUCCGAGGGCAAAGGGACGCAGAAGGCGAAGCGCAAACGAGUUCUCUCCGACUCUGAGUCGGCAAAGUCAGGCGAUGAGGAGCAAGCGGUACAAGGCGAUGGCAAGUUGCUUCCAGUAGAGCAGGUUAAGGUUCCGAAAAAGCGCAAGAUGGCGUCCACAGGAGCGCCCACAUCUCAGUCCUCUGCAAAUUUCGAUGCCCCUGACAUUGACAUUGACGGUACCGAGUCCUCAUCAACAGAAGACGAACCCCUCUUGCCGAAGACUCCUGCUCGUGUCAAGUCCAACAAGUCAUGCAUAUCCGAGCAGAAGGAGGGAGCCAACGACUUCAAUGAUGAUGGGGAGGCAGCCGGGCACGAUAGCCUUGGUGAUGAAGAUGACGAGCGACCGGAAGAACGCGACUUUGGAGAGCGCAUGACGGACACGCAGGUCUCACAUGAGCGCAUCAACUGGACCGCUGGUCCCACGUUGAAGGCUCACGCUGGGGAGAAUAACGAUGGUGAAGAACUGUCUGGCGUCAACAUUCCGUCGAGCCAAGAUACUCCCACCGCGAUGCGCCCGGACCGGCCGCGUACUCGCAAGGCGCCACCGUCUGACAAUGACUCUCAGUCUGACUCUCCUAGCGACCCCCCUCGCCCCAGGAAAGGAGGUGCGCGCAAGGAGAAAAAGAAGCAGGCACGUCGUCUUUUUCCAUUGCUAACUGCCUGCAUCUUUACGUUGACCAUUCACUUGCACCCUCAUCCAAUCACGCAGAAACUUGCGCAGGAGCUCCCAACUGUCACGAAGAAACCGCCACGGGGCCAAUCUGCAGCCUCCAUAGUCCCGAGCGACUCAGAGGGCGAUUGCAACUGGUUGCAACGUACUGACAUCACAGAUGCGCUCACGCCGUCGAGUAGCAACAAGUGGACGGUGAACCUCAAACCAAUGGGUCCUGAACUGCACGCCAUCAUGAAGCUCAGCUUCACGCUAUGCCAAAUGCAUUUCGUCUUCCGAGACCUCAACGACCCUCCGCUUACCUCCUCUGAACAAGUCCCCCGUAUUGUUACAGGAUUCGACAAUGCAGGCGCAAACGACUUUGCGCUUCAAGCGCUCGUCAAGGCGGCAACAGAUAAAGGGUAUGAUGGCGAGAACGACAUUGUUGAUCGCCUACUUUACGGCUCGCCUAACCUAUACGUGGACCCGUUGGUUGGCUACGUGAGUAUUUCUUACUGGUAUCUGAAUAUGAUUCCUCACUGA